AUGUCAAGAAAUAUGUACAUUGCUGAAGGAGUGUCAUUAUACCGACCACCUUACUUUGAUGAUACAGGAAUGUGGCGCGUCAUUACAGAUGGAGAUUUCAUACCAAGAGUCAACCAAAAUGAUUCAACCUCUACUGAAAAGAAAGAAGCAAAUUGGACAACAGAUGAAAAAUCUAAGGUACUUCUAAACUCAAAAGCUCAUUUAUUUUUAUCUUGUGCUUUAAGUAGGGAAGAAAGCGAAAGAGUUGAUGAAUGCAAAACUGCUAAAGAAGUAUGGGACACAUUACAAACUCAUCACGAAGGAACAAGCCAUGUGAAAGAAACAAGGAUUGAUAUAGGCAUAAGAAAGUUUGAACUCUUUGAAAUGAAUGAAGGAGAAACCAUUGAUGAGAUGUACUCAAGAUUCACAACCAUUGUAAAUGAAUUGCGUUCUCUUGGGAAAGCUUACACAGUUCAAGAAAGAGUAAGAAAAAUCAUGAGGUGUCUUCCAAUCAUAUGGAGACCAAUGGUAACAGCUAUAAGCCAAGCCAAAGCACCAAAGAAGUUCCCUUUCAAGAAAAACUCCAUGAUGGCGAACUGGGAUGAUUAUGAUGAAACAGAAACAGAGGAACCUGAAGAAGCUAGCUUAUGUUUAAUGGCAGAUACUAAAGACAAGGAGGAAAUAAAUUCUGAACCAUACCAUUCGGAUCUGGGUUUAGGAAUUAGUAGAUUAUCAGUUCCAGCAAUUUUAGGCUGGGGGCCUUACAAGUGA